AGUCCAGGAAAAUCCCAGCCCUUGCACACUCAGUCUCCCACACCCAUCUACUUACCCACCCUGACACACUCAAGGCUCCCUGACCCACCUUGAACAUUCACCAUUGCACACUCCCUGGCACAUUUCUUUCACCCUCAGCUUCUGCCACCUCUCCCUGGGUGAUACUGCCAGCCUUUCCCUAAUCCCAGAGCUUCAGCCUUGCCCUGUCACUCACCCCCAACCAUGUCCCUGGGGCCACUGAAAUUCCAGGCAGUGGGGGAAGAAGAUGAGGAGGAUGAAGAAGAAGAGAGCCUGGACUCCGUAAAGGCGCUGACGGCCAAGCUGCAGCUGCAGACACGGAGGCCCUCCUAUCUGGAGUGGACGGCCAGGGUCCAGAGCCAGGCCUGGCGCAGGGCCCAAGUCAGACUGGAGCCCAGGGGACGUGGGGCCAUCUGCGGCUUCGACUCAAUGGACUCUGCUCUUGAGUGGCUCCGUCGGGAGCUGCGGGAGAUGCAGGCACAGGACCGGCAGCUGGCAGGGCAGCUGCUUAGGCUGCGGGCCCAGCUGCACCGGCUGAAGGUGGACCAAGUCUGUCACCUGCACCAAGAGCUGCUGAACGAGGCGGAGAUGGAGCUGGAGCUGGAGCCGGGGGCCGGCGUGGCCCUGGCCCCCCCACUGCGGCACCUGGGCCUCACGCGCAUGAACAUCAGCGCCCGGCGCUUCACCCUUUGCUGAAGGGCACCCACCUGCCUCCUGCACCACCUGCUACCCAUUUCCCAGCCCACCUGGGAAUAAGAAAGGGAGGGGUGCCCCAGAGGAGCCAGCACGUGGAGAGGGGUGGGGGGGGGAGUUGCGGAGAUGCUCAGCGCUCUGGAACCAUAAAGCCCCAGCAUCCUGUUUCCCCUACUGCCCCAGAUGGGGGAGGGGGGGCAGUGUGGAGGAAGGGGAGUUCACAGACCCCCAGGCUCCUCAAUAAACAUCUGCUUCCCA